AUGUAUGGAAACAUCGCCCCCUUCUCCUACUCCCCGAGGGCGGUUUUACAAGAGGAUCCCCCCCUAGAGAGGAGCUUUUUCCAGCCAGAUGACCGAAGGGGUUCUCCACUGCAGGGCAACAGCCUGACCAGACCCAGUGGAAAAUCCAUAUAUAUGCAGAGAAAAGAGUACUCUGAGAUGCUGACCAAGCAAAGGGACAACUUUCAUGUCAGAGUGGAGCAUCUGUUGACCUGUGAGCUGGACGGCAAGGAUGUCAAUAAAGUGGACGACUGCCUGGCCAAGCUGAAGUGGCUGGAUACCAAAGGUCGUCUGUGGGGACAGGAGAUGAUCAUGGAUGUUCAUGGAAGACAUCUGACGCUCAGCGACAUCGAGACCAAGGUUGAGCUGGAGGUGCUGCCUUUGAGUAGCAUCACACAAACCAGGGCUAUACUGGACAGCUGUGCCUACAACUCUCUGCUGAUGAUUGCCGUGCAGGACCAAAGCAGACGCAUCCCGCAGGUCUUCAUGUUCCAGUGUGACGAGAUCACAGCGGAUCUUCUCAAGGCAGAUCUGGAUAAAGCCGUUCAGAAGAGAGGUGAUGACGUGGAACCACGCAGGGAGCAAUCUGACAUCAGAAGUAAUCUCGAAAAUAUCAUCCGGCAACAAAGUUUUCAGCAGCGACGAAGCCCAGACACCGCCCUGCCACCUCCGGAACCACCGCUGACACGGUGGCGUAACAGAGAACAAGAGAGUACGCCUCCCCCAUGGAACUACACUCAAGAAGAAAUGCUGCCUCAUCCUGAUCUUUAUGAUUUACAGAGAAGCUCAGAGGUUCCAUCUGAGGAAACAGAAGCAGAGAGGAACACGGAGAUUUUUAACCAUGUUCUUGAUGAUUUGGAGAUUUUCCAGGACAAAUUGUCCCUUGCAACAAAUUCAGCUUCAAUGCGAAAGGACAAGAAAAACAAAAAAUCUAAGAGAACUGCUGCCAAUCUGCCGCCCAUAGAGGAGUAUAUCUCCUGUCUCCAGAAAAUCAGAUAUGGAUUCAAUCUGCUGGGUCAGCUGGAUGGGUCACUGACCAACCCCAAUGCUGCUGACUAUGUCCACAUCUUCUUCAACAGUUUGGGCAUGAUCAUUCCUCGGUACCGUGCAGACCUGGUCCCCGGUGUGGAUUGGCCCCCGAUGACGGAGGCGGCCCUGCAGCUGAUGAGGCAUGAAGUCGACCCGAAGGAGGGACGCCUGUGGUCUUCUCUGGGAGAUUCCUGGAACGUCUCCAGGUCCAGAGGGCCUCAUGAUAAUACUCCACCUUACUUCCCAGAGUUCUAUGACGGCUGGCAACCGUUUGGCCCCUCACGCAUAACCCCCCCGUUCCAUUACCAGGACAGUCAAGUGAGCAGGAGCAACAGCCAGCGUAUCCCGCCUGACCGACCAAUUUCUCCAAAGUAAAUAUGGCUGUAUGAUUGUUUGCGGACAUUUCCUCAAUUUGUACUCAGUGAGGUUAAUUGUGGUCAUCUGCCUCGCUGCUGUUUCAGCUUCGGCGAGUCACCUCAGACCAUGCGGGCCGUUUACAACUUUACGGCCAGAAACAACCGAGAGCUGAGUAUCAUGAAGGGUGACAUGGUUCAGGUGAUUCAGAAAUCCAAGCAAUGGUGGCUUGUUUGUAACGCCCGUAAUGAGCAAGGAAACGUUCCUAUGAAUGUUUUGGAGCCAAUGGGGAACGCCAGGGAAGGUACACACACACAGCAGGAUACUCGUGGCCCAGUGAUGAUGGACAUGACCUCGCCGCCUGCAGAGGUGAGAGCCUGGCUUCAGUCCAAAGGCUUCUCCAAGAUCACUGUGACCAGCCUCGGGGUGCUCAACGGUAACCUGCUGCUGGGGAUGACCAAGGACGACAUAAGGACUGUUUGUCCAGAGGAGGGAGCCAGGGUCUUCUUCCAGCUUCAGGCCAUUAAGUCGGCCAUAGCGCUCGCCAGUGAACCGUCAGGACCAUACAACGGCCGCUACUAA